UUGCAGCAGCAGCAGCUGCAGCAACAGCUGCAGCAGCAGCUGGAGCCGCCGCAGCCGCAGCAGCGCCAUUAUCGAGAGCGCACCGUCUCCAGCCGCAUCAUUAGCAACAGCAACAAGGGCGGCGGCGGCGGUGGAGUCAGCGGGGGCGGUGGCAGCGGGGGCUAUGGCUAUGGCAGGCUAUACAAAAGCAAAUUCGAUCGCCAUUCGGGCUCGGAUAAGACGGGCAUCAAGGCGGUGGUCAAGCGGAAUGGCGGCGGCGCCCACAACUGGGGCUCGGUGAUCAAGGACAUUGAGGAGCAGAGCAUCGCCAUGAAGAAUCCCGUGCAGUCCGACAAGGACGAUUCGUUCAACGAGCUGCAGCAGCUGCAGCAGCAACAGCGCCAACAGCAACAGCAGCCGCAGCAGCAGCAGCAGCAGCAACAGCAGCAACAACAGCAGCAGCAACAAUUGCAGCUGCAGCAACAGCAGGGCGGCGAGAACCUGAUCGAGGAGGACGAUACCAAGUACAUAACCGUGGAGGAGUGGCGCGCCAUGCGCGUAGAGCGGGCCAAGCCCAUCUACAACAUACGCAAGGCCGGCGAGGGCGAGGUGAAUAAGCCGGACUGGAAGAAGAUGAUCGUGCUGCCCAAGAAGAAGCCAUCGAAGACUGACAACGAUUCGGGCCUGGAAUACGAUGCGUCCAUGUAUCCGCAGCGCGUUGGCCGGCUGCAGCGCAUCAUGGAUAUUGAGUUCAAGUUCAAGGACGAUCGUCGUCGCAGCGGCUACCUCAGCGGCUGGGCGGGGGGGCGACCGCUGAACAAGUCCGAGGCGGAGAGUGUGUCCGAUCCGAUCAAUAUGAACGAUGAAAUUGAGUUUCCAACACUUGGCUAAGGCCCAGUCUAAUCAAUUACUCAAUCAAUCACUCAAUUAAUUAAUCAAUCACUAUCAAGCACUCGAAUCAAUCAAGCCAUCAAUCAAUUAAUCUAGUUAACAAACAAUUGCUCAAGCAGCCAGGCAUUCAAACAGCUAGUCAAUCAAUUAGUCAAUCAAUCAAUCAAUCAAGUAAUCAAUCAAUCAAUCAAUCAACCAACAGACACACACACCAAUCAUUUACUUACUAGUUCGUCAAUAAGAAAGAAACCAAAAAAAAAAAAAAAUUGUUUAGAGUUGUAAAAUUUUGAUGGAAUUAUUGUUUUUAUGUAUUUCGAAUGCGAUUUCAAG